AUGCAGCUUCUGCUUGUUGUCGCCCUCGCAGUGUCUGCCAGUGCGCUUGUGGAGAGGGCGGAGUGGGAGGACUUCAAGGCCACCUACGGCAAGUCUUAUGCCGACCGCGACGAGGAGGCACGGCGCAUGAAGGCGUACGCCGACAACAAGGCGUACGUCACCAAGCACAUGGCUGAGUACGAACGGGGCCUGCACACCUUCACCGUAGCGAUCAAUCAGUUCGCUGACCUGAAUAUUGACGAGUUCAACGCCCUGUAUAAGGGCCUCCAGCCGGGCAACAUCACCAGGCCGGAGCGGCUGCACCAGUACUCGGGCCGCGUGCAGGCGGCGACGCUUGACUGGCGCCAGUAUGGCGUCGUCACGGAGGUGAAGGACCAGGGCGCGUGCGGCUCGUGCUGGGCGUUCUCGACCACCGGCUCGCUGGAGGGUGCCUGGGCGCUGGCCGGCCACCAGCUGGUCUCUCUCAGCGAACAGCAGCUGGUCGACUGCUCGCACCUCUUCUUCAACCUUGGCUGCAAGGGCGGCCGCAUGGACAACGCCUUCAGGUACAUCCACGCUAAGGGCGGCAUCAUGGCCGAGUCGACGUACCCGUACACGGCGGUGGGUGGCAGCUGCCACGCCAACCCGGCCUACUUCGUGGCGCAGGUGAAGAGCCACCACAGCGUGCUGAUCGGCUCGGAAAGUCACCUGCUGGACGCGCUGGCUGGACACGGACCCAUCUCGGUGUCGAUUGACGCGUCGCACCAGUCGUUCCAGUUGUACCACAGCGGCGUCUACAACGAGCCCAGCUGCUCCAGCCUGCUGCUCGACCACGGCGUGCUCGUCGUCGGCUACGGCACCGACAACGGCGUCGACUACUGGAUUGUCAAGAACUCCUGGUCUGCCAACUGGGGCGAGCAAGGCUACAUUAAGAUGCUACGUAACCACAACAACCAGUGUGGCAUCGCCACCCAGGCAUGCUACCCAACCGUCUAG